GCGCAACGGCGACGCGAUCGCGAUCACGACACCGACGACAACGAAAUCUUCUAACCUGUCCUGUCUGUCUUCGUCUUCGACACGUGAGAAUGUUGUUUUAUUCAUGAUAAACAAAAAUUUUUACUCAAAAGAUGACACUAAAGAGUUUUCCAAGGGGAGGCAAGAAACCUGUUGCAAAGGCAAAAAUAGGAUUGUCUUUCAGCAAAAAAGAUGCAGUGUCAAAGCCAAAGAAAAAUCGGGGCAAGAAAUCUCGAGAAACUGAGCCAGUGGAAGAGGUUAAAAGUUAUGUUGCUAAUACAGCAGAAUGUUUGACUUUCUCAAAUGUUGGAGAAGGCAUGAUCGUGCUGGGUAGGAUACAAGAGACAAGCGAGUACGGCAUGAUUGUCUCAUUGCCAGGCCAUCUCAAUGGUAGAAUUCAAGCGACUGAUGUGAACGAGUCAUAUACAAAUCUUUUGCGUGACAUUGUGAACUCCGAGGAUAAAGAUAUAGAAGAAUUCAAGCCACUCUCAGAAUUGUACAAUCGUGGAAAAUAUGUUGUAUGUUCGGUUAAGAGUAUAGAUCCGACUGAAAAGUGGCGAAUAUCCUUGUCCCUAGAACCUGAAUUGAUAAAUCGUAAUUUGGAUCCAACAAAAUUGUGCAAAGGUUCGAAAAUCAUUGGAACGGUAAGCAGCAUCGAGGACCAUGGCUAUGUCAUUGAUACAGGAAUUGACAAUUUUCGAGCUUUCUUGGCAAUAAAAGACAUUGACGAAGGAGUCAAAUAUUAUCCUGGGAAGCAGUUGUUUUGUUCAGUGAAGAAAGUGAAAACUUCGGAAAAUUCAACAACCGCUCAUCUAACGACAAAAUCAAAGCACGUUGGAACAGCGAUAACAAAAGACGAACAAUCUUUGGAUGCUCAGAUACCGGGAAGCAAACUUGUAUUGAGCGUUAAAAAAAUCUUAUCCAACGGUCUACAAGUUUCAUUCAAUGAUGGGAGCGUCGGUUACGUCAACAGGUUGUAUUUGGAUAAACCGUUGGAUUCGUACGAGCCAGGAAUGGUAAUACACGGUGUUCUCAUGUACGUGAUGCCAACGCUGAAAUUUGCCUAUUUCACGCUUUUACCAUCGGACGAGAAUAAGGAGCAUCUGGAAGUGGGGGAUAUUGUGGAAAAAGCGAAAGUAUCCUUCAUUGGACCGAAAGGUAUCGUGGUCGUAUUGAAAAAAGGAUUACGCGGUUUUAUACCAUUCCGUCGUACCGACGUCCCUUACGAGAAAGUUUCGUCCAAAUUUUCGGUCGACACGACCCACAAGUGUCGAGUAUUGGCUUACGAUUUGUUCGAACAAAUUUACGUCUGUACGAUGGAACGUAAACUUUUGGAAGAAAAACAUUUUGCAACAACGAGUUUUAAGCCGGGUGACCGUGUGAGCGUCGAAGUAACGAAGAUACGAGCAGAAACUGGAUUCAUCGUGGUAACCGCAGGACGCGCGCAAGGAUCAGUGCAACCGGAGCACGUCACAGAUCCGGAUAAUGCAGCGAAAAAACAACUGAAAGUUGGUGAUGUUGUCGAGGCACGGGUAUUGGGUCCUGACAAAAAACAAACGGGAGUUUUGUUCACUCUUAAGAAAUCUCUGAUCGAAAGUACGUUACCGAUUCUUCAUGACUUCACAGAUGCUCAAGUCGGUGCGAAGCAUCAUGGGACGAUCGUUCAAAUGAACAGUAAGGGCUUGCUCGUACGUUUUUAUGGUCCCGUCAAGGGCUGGAUACCGGCGAGUUCGUUGGAUCGAAACACUGCAUCUGUCAACUGGAAUUACAUGCUCGGUCAAACGAUAGAAGUGACUAUCGAAAAAGUUGAUAGCAAGGCUGAAAGAUUAACUCUCUCGGUAUACAAAGAAAAUGGAAAACCGACGAAAGGAGCCAAUUUCGAAAUUGGCGAAAGUGUCGAGGGUAUCGUCGUGGAAGCCUCGGUCGAAGGUGUCCACGUGAGGAUAACGAAGAACUCUGAGGAUUCAGUGAAAACUGGUUUUCUACCGGCUGGACACAUGUCGCCUUGCGAAGAAGUUGGUAGUUACUUGGCAGCUCGUUAUACGGUCGGUGAGACCAUCUCGGCUCUCGUUUUUUCCAUCAAGCCACGAUUCCUUCUGACGAGAACUUUUGUACCUCGGGAAAACUAUCGUGAUUUCGAAACGCUCAAGCCCGGUGAUUGCCUCCCUUGCUCCAUACAGGAAAUAAACGCUGAUAGCUUGAAGCUUGUUAUGCCGAUAAAAAAUUUCAAUUCGUACGGCACCGUGAUGCGAUCGAGAGUCGAAAAUAUUGAUGCGUUGCACACGCAUCAAAUAUUGUUCGCUAAAGUAGCUUCGAUCGAUCGCAAGCAUCAUAAACUGAGUCUCAUAACGUCGUUGCACAACGUUAUAAAGGAUAAUUCUCAACAUGAAAACGAUCUCAUCGCAGCCGUCGAUGUGCUGACGUUGCAUUUCAGUAAAUUACGUGAAUUGUCCGAGAACGAAUAUUACAAGAAUAAACCGAUCGUCAGAGCCAAAAUUGGCAUGAGGGUCAAAGCCACAGUUGACAAAGUUACCGAUUAUGGACUCGUGGUGAAAUUAGAAAACGAUGUACUUGGUACCGUCAGAAAGGAUCAUUACAAAGGCAAAAUGAAGCCAGGUGACCUCGUAAAUGGCACUAUUUUAUGGAUUAAUUACGUACACGAACUCGCCGAGAUAACUCUCUUGCCAAAUAUCACGAAUGCCAUCAGUACGAAGCAAAAAAAAUUACCGAAAAUAUCGAUUGAGACGCAAUUGCGCGGAGACAUCGUUCUCGUCACGAAUUGGUUUGCCCUUGUGGUCCUGAAAGGUGCUGGCAAAGGUAUUCUCGCUGCUUUACCAACAAGAAGACAUAUUAAUGAUGUCGAGCCCGAUCUUACGCCUUAUUCGAUCGGUAAGAGAAUCCGCUGUUACGUUGUGCUCAAUCAAACAGAAACAGAUUUCUUGCCGAUCUGUUUGGUCAAAUCAUCUUUCGAGCCUGAAAAGAACGUGGAAAGUCCUUCGAAGAAGGAUCCUAAGAGAAAAUCUGAGGAAGAUGAAGGAGUCGUAGAAAAGAAACGGAAAAAGAUGAAGCGGGAAAUGGUUGAGCAGGCUGAAGAGAAAUCGUCCAAGAAUAAGGCGAAGGUAGUAAGGGAAACUAAGAACGAUGAAGUAAAACCGGGAGUGUCUGCCAUUCCAAAGGACGAGAAAUUCUCAAAAAAAAGAAAGCUCGAUGAGGAAUCUGCGACGUUGGAAUCGAAAGCAAAAGUUGCCAAAGUACCGGGAGUUGAAAAAGUAAAAAAGCCGAAAUCGAAGCGAAACGCAGUCGAGGAGACUCCGUCAAACACUACGAACGAGGACAAAUCUGAGGAAGAAGCUCUUUAUUCCGACAGUGAUGAAAACGAUGAGGCGCAAGGAACUCCAGGUAUUCCAGAGUGCGGUUUUUUCUGGGACAACAAACCUAACGAGAGUCUCGAAGUUGCCAAAGAUGAAUCUUCGAGCGAGGACGAGGACGAUGAAGAAGAGACAGCGAAUGAGAAAAAGAAAAAGAAAAAAAUGACUGCCGCUGAACGUCGCGAAGCCGAACGACAGAAAGAACGUGCCAUAAGAGAACGAGAAGAAGCAUUGGCAAGUAACGACGCCCCGAAAUCGGUUGAUCAGUUCGACAGAUUGGUUCUUUCCAGUCCUGACAGUUCGAUGGUCUGGCUUCAAUACAUGGCUUACCAUCUUCAAGCUACUGAAAUCGAAAAAGCUCGUGCGGUUGCUAAACGAGCUAUAAAAACCAUCAAUUUUCGAGAAACAACCGAACGUCUAAACGUUUGGCAAGCUUGGUUGAACUUGGAGUCGAGAUUCGGCACUACCGACACUCUCGAAAGUGUUUUCCAGGAGGCCCUACGAUCCAACGACGCCCGUGCUGUUUAUCACCACAUGUUGACGGUACACGCAGAUGCUGGUCGACGAGCAGAACUCGAAAAAAUCGUUCUCACUAUGCUUAAAAAAUUCAAGGAAAUCCCAAAAACUUGGGUAGAAUGUGGAGCUGCUUUUCUCAAAAUUGGCCUCAAAGAAAAGUCACGUCAUAUUAUGCAACGAGCUCUACAAUCUUUGCCGGCUCAAUAUCAUGUUAACUUGAUGGUCAAAUUUGCUCAUUUGGAAAAUCAGUGCGGCGACAAGGAGAGAUCGCAAACGUUGUUCGAACAAAUUUUGAGUUCUUAUCCAAAGCGUGUAGAUGUAUGGUGCUCGUACGUCGAUACUUUGAUAAAAUCUGAAAAUUUUGAUGGAGCUAGGAAAGUGUUGGACAAUGCUGUCGUGCAAGUCUUACCAGCUCGUAAAAUGAGAACUCUAUUUAAAAAAUUCAUCGACUUCGAGCAAAAACAUGGUACCCCGGAAGGGGUAUCGCGCGUACAAGAGUUGGCUCUCAAGUACGUCCAAAAAGAAUGUAAUACUGACGUGUAAAAAUGGUGUAAUAAAUAUUAAUUUUCAUUAA